AUGGAGUUAAUCAAUACGAUAGACUGUCCUCCAGUUAUCAUUGAGAAUGAUCGGCAAGUCAAGAAUUUUCUUACAUAUGUACGUGGAAAAGCUUCUUCAAGGUUGUGUGUGUCUAUUUCACAUGUCAAUCCAAACAACGACAACAUUGAGCUUGAUAAGGAGCAAUCUAACGCGUCUGGCAGAGAGCGAGGUGAGCCUUCCUCAUUUUCACCUGGGAUGGCAUUGGUAGUUCUUGUGAAUCGAGCCAGGAUGGUGAAGACGAAUGAUGUUGUGAAGAGGGGUGAAACGUUUCAAAACAAAUCAAAGUUGAAAGCAGCAUUGGAAAUGUCAGCAAUGAAGAAUAACUUCGAUUACAAAGUUGUGAAUUCAGAUAGAAAACUUUGGUAUGAUGGUGUCAAAGAAGGUCCCAAAGCUGAUGAUAUCAUACAGAUUAUGAGAAUGGAACAUGGAUGCGAGAUAUCUAAAUCAUUAGUGUGGGACGCUCGUGAGUAUGCGAUUAGUCUGGUUAGAGGCAUUCCCGAGCAGAGUUUUGGAAAAAAUCCGAAAUACUUGCACAUGCUGAAAGAAGCUAAUCCAGGAACACGAACCUUUUACGAAACCGAUGUUGAUGUUCUUGUUGUUGAUGGGACAUUUUUGAAGAGCAAAUACAAAGGAGUAUUACUCGUUGCGACGGCUUUAGAUGGAAACUCCAACUUGUAUCCUAUUGCAUUUACGGUUGUGGACUCGGAAAAUGAUCGUUCAUGGGAUUGGUUUUUCAGACAACUAAAGGUUGUUGUUCCGGACGAGCAUGCUCUUGCCUUUGUGUCGGACAGAAAUAACUCACUUUGUAAGGGGCUUGAGAAUGUGUAUCCUCUUUCUCAACAUGGAAUUUGUAUUCACCAUUUGUUAAAUAAUGUGGUCACACAUUACAGAGGAAAAGGAGUGGUUGGAUUGAUUGCAAAAGCUUCUAAAGCUUAUAGAGUUGUUGAUUUUCAGAAGCGAUUCGAAGCUGUGUGCAAUAUUAGUCCAGCUAUUGGAAAAUAUUUAAGAGAUGCAGAUGUUACAAAGUGGGCUCGCUGUCAGUUUCAAGGAUACAAGUACGACAUCAGGACGACAAACCCGGCUAAGUCAAUAAACUCUGCUUUGCGCUCACCAAGAGAGUAUCCAGUCAUUCCUUUGUUGGAUAGCAUCAGAGAAAUGCUUACUCGUUGGUUCUUCGAACGACGCACACGAAGCAGGAAGCACACAAAACCAUUAACUAUUGCCAUCGAGAAAAAGAUAGAUAGACGGAUUAACAAGGGUAAAACGUUUCUUGUCCAGCCAAUUAACGAGCAUCGUUUUUUGGUUCGCGGAGAUACAAUCGACUGCCUGGUUGAUUUGGACAGAAGAACCUGCUCUUGUGGGAAAUACGACCUACUAAAAAUCUCAUGUAGACACGCAAUCAAGGCUGGUUUAACAGUUGGCCGAGCCCCAUCCUCACUAACGGAUUUCAUGUUCACGACUUCCAAUUGGAGAACAGCUUAUGAAGAAACUAUCAAUCCAAUAGGUGUUCCUGAGGAUAUUUGGGUGGUUCCAGAUACUGUUCGGAAUGCCAGUGUGCUAGCUCCUGAAUCAAGAAGAGGAGCAGGAAGGAGAAGAAAACGCAGGUAUGAGACUGUUGAAGACAAGCUCCGUUCAUCACAAGGAGCUCAAGAAAAAAAGAGGCGCAUGUGCAGUCGAUGUGGCGAAGAGAAUCAUAACAGGGCUACGUGUGACAGAGCUAUUUAG